GAGUAUAGCUUUUUGUCUUUAAUGGGCCUAAUUAUGCUUAAGACCUUUAGAACUGUUUGGAUAAGUUCUAAUAAGGUAUUGUGGGAUGUAAAGGUGACAGUAAUCAAUAGAAAAAGUAAUGCAUACUGUGUUAAAACCCUGCUGAAAUGACACAAACAAAUGCAUAAAAUAAAGCAGUCACGUUUCAGAGCCUCAAAGUUGCAUCAGUGUUUGUAUGUCUUUCACUUUCUCUCUUUUGAUUGAAGAAAUGCAUGGAUUCUAUCCCAUCCAUCACUUCCACCCCUCCCCUCACUUUCCACACACAGAAGCAUGUAACGGGUAAUUUCUAGCCCAUUCUCUCCUGUGGCACCGUGGUGGGCAGAAACUUGUGCAGCUGACUUUAUGCUGCAUAUCCGCACAACGCAGAUUGUGUUUCCUCUCAAGAAGUCUUUUGUUGUUGUUUUUCUUGCGGUGAGAAAGUGGAGAUGAAUCAGUUGAACGGAUACUGCAGCGCGUAAAAGUUGUGGAUGGUUACUUUUGCGCAUAAACAUUUAAAGGACUAUUUUAUCUCCAAAAGUUGAAUUAUAAUACAAGAGCAGGUGAAAUUUUUCCCUCUGCAAAAAUAUCGCCCACAAGCAGGCUGGAAGCCCAUCCAAUCCGGAGAACACAGCGAAUCCGCAGAGCGCAGAUGAUCGCAACUGGUGUUUGUGGCGUGGCGCUGGUGCUGUUGUUGGUGGUUCUGAUCCCGGUCAUGGUGAACACCGCCGGGACUCCUGCCCGCUACGAGAUGCUCGGAUCCUGUCAAAUGGUGUGCGACUCUCACGGGACAGCGGCCACGGCCACGGCCAAGGCAACCAACCCGAUCAAAGACAACCGUCUGGUUCAGUCGCUUCCAACGUUCAUCCAAGGUCCUCAAGGAGAGCCGGGGCGCGUCGGGAGGAUGGGUCCUAGGGGUCCGGGUGGCGAGCCCGGGCCACCUGGUCCUGCUGGUCCUCCCGGAGAGAGAGGGGCACCGGGCCCUCCGGGUCCACCCGGAAUAAAUGGGCCCACUGGUGGCAUCAGCGCUGCCACUUACAACACAGUCCCAAAGAUUGCGUUUUAUGCAGGACUGAAGAAGCAGCAUGAGGGAUAUGAAGUGUUGAAAUUCGACGACGUUGUUACAAAUCUUGGCAACCACUAUGACCCCUCUACAGGGAAAUUCACCUGUUCAAUACCGGGGAUUUACUUCUUUGUUUACCAUGUGCUGAUGAGAGGCGGAGAUGGAACAAGCAUGUGGGCUGACCUCUGUAAGAACAACCAGGUGAGAGCCAGUGCCAUCGCCCAAGAUGCCGACCAGAACUACGACUACGCCAGCAACAGUGUUGUCCUACACCUCGAGCCCGGGGACGAGAUUUACAUCAAGCUGGACGGCGGAAAGGCGCAUGGGGGCAACAACAACAAGUACAGCACCUUCUCUGGCUUCAUGUUGUACGCUGACUGAAACACGGAAAAGAUCUGCUGAGGGGGCAAAGAUCUGCUCUGCAUAUAGCUUGCUUCACUGCUCAUGCUCAAUUCAAUGUCAGUUGGAUUAUUAGAGACAGAGCUCACCAUUUCCAUAUUGCAAAAGAGUCCAGAAAGAUGUGGAGGACGUCAUGCGAAAAAAGAAACGGACUGCACUUUGCAAUGAAGAGCCUGCAUUGUAAUUACAGAAUAAUAAUGAAUUGUAAGGGUACAGCAUUUAAUUAUACCCGUCAAAUUGAUUAGUGUCGCUAUUGCACCCUGAAUGAAUUGUUUAGCUUUUGCUGAUAUGUCAAACAUACUGUAGCUGCUGUGGUAACACAUACUGGGAGUGUAGACUGAAAGUUCAAUGUAUUGACUCUAUUAUAGAUGCUAAAAUUAUACUCACAAAAUCACCAAUCUUCACAGUGUUGUUAGUCCAGUGUGCUUUAUUUUUUCAAAAAUAUUUGAUAGUUGUUGCAUUUUGAGUGAAAAUGUAACUAGUGAUGCAUGAUUAUAAAAAUGACAUUUCAACUCUGUGCAGCAUAAAAACUAUAGAAACUAAAUCUGUAAAGGGUCAUUCUAAUGUUCAUACUGAAGCGCUGUCACCAAAUGAUCACUGUAACUAAUUUUUCUUGUCUCAAUACGACAGCUGGUUGGGGCAAGAGGGAGGUCUGGUGGUUAGUCACCAUCACAAAACUGGACAGUCACACUGACGGAAAUGUUUCCUCGAGUUCCACGAUGGACAUCGAUCUGCAUGCAGGUUGUUAAGCCCUUCCAGAUAAGACUGUCAGCUAAUGUGUAAAAUAUCAUGUACAAUUAAAUCCUCUGGCUCACUUUGUAA